GAAUGGCCUCCAUAAUGUUUGUUAUUAUAUUAACGUUAUAAUCUUAUUAUAUCAACAUCAAAAGUUUCUGAGUUUGUGUGAGUUAUAUUGGGAACUGGUUUUUUGUUUUGCAAAACUUGUCCAUGUUAUAUAAUAUUUAUGGGAAUAAUUAAGGUCAAAACAGCACAUAACAAUACAUAUAAUAAUUAUACAUUAUUGAAUAAAUACAAUUUCAAUAGUCUGAAUUUUUUGGUAUAAAAUUAUUUAAUUGAGUAUGAUAAAAAAAAGGAAAAAUUUUGAAUUUUAGUACACAUCAAACAUCAAUAAAUUUAAUCAUAAGGGCUCCUUGCAGGCAUACCAAAUGUUAAAUUUAUCGAGGAGUGGUUCUUGCCUUUGACAGUUGACAGUUUGGCACACCUAUGCAGCUAUGAUUCAUAUUAGAGAUAAACAAUAAGAGGAAUUUAUUUUUCUUUCAGUCAGAACUGAAUAAUUUUCUGGUGUGGUCAGGAGUGAUUCAUUAUAAAAUUAAUUUUAGGAUUGCAUUUAUAUACUACAAGCUCAACUACAAAGAUGAUGACUGAUCGUUUUGGUUUAAAAUGGGACCCCAAAAAUUUAGAAAUUAGAACUAUGUCUGUAGAAAAAACAUUGGAGCCCUUAGUUUUGCAAGUUACAACUCUUGUAAAUACAAAAGGACCAAGUAAAAAAAAGAAAGGAAAAUCUAAACGUGCCAAUGCAUUGGUUAGUACAGUAGAAAAAGCAACUGAAAACUUUAUUGAAAAAGGUGAACAGAUUGCUUACGAAAAUCCAGAUAUUACAGAUGAAAUGCUGGCAGCUGUGGACGAAGUUAAGAAAACAGGAACAGCAAUGAGUAUAGCUGCAAGGGAGUUUUCUGAAGAUCCGUGCUCUUCUUUAAAAAGAGGAAAUAUGGUUCGAGCUGCUAGAAACCUUCUAUCUGCUGUAACCCGGCUUUUAAUUCUUGCUGAUAUGGUGGAUGUUCACCUUCUGCUCAAAUCUUUACAUGUAGUUGAAGAUGAUUUAGAAAAACUUAAAAAUGCCUCAAGCAAUGGAGAACUCUUGGACAAUAUUAAAGCUUUUGGUCAAAAUGCCAAUGAACUAAUGAAUCAGGCAGCUAAAAGACAACAAGAACUGAAAGACCCACAACUUCGUGAUGACUUGGCAGCUGCUAGAGCUGUACUUAAAAAACAUUCCACAAUGCUAUUGACAGCUUCAAAGGUGUAUGUACGCCAUCCUGAAUUGGCAGCAGCAAAAGCAAAUAGAGAUUAUGUACUAAAACAAGUAUGUGAAGCUGUCAAUACCAUUAAUGAUGUAGCACAGGGUAGGACUCCACAACCUGCUUGCGGGCCCUAUGAUGGUCCUGGAGAGUUGGCUGCUGCUUUAGACGACUUUGAUGAUCACAUGGUGAUGGAACCUUUAGCUUACAACGAAGUCCACACAAGGCCUUCUUUAGAGGAACGUUUAGAAAGUAUUAUAAGUGGAGCAGCACUAAUGGCAGAUUCCAGCUGUACUAGAGAUGAAAGACGUGAGAGAAUAGUUGCAGAAUGUAACGCAGUGAGACAAGCUUUGCAAGAUUUGCUUUCUGAGUAUAUGACUAAUCAAUUGGAAGUUUUACGUGGAAUAACAAGGAUGGGAAAUAAAGAUAAAAGUGAAAGUCUCAAUAGAGCUAUUGAUAAUAUGGGAAGAAAGACUAGAGAUUUACGAAGACAGCUCAGAAAAGCUGUUGUGGAUCAUGUGUCUGAUAGUUUUUUGGAAACCAACGUACCCUUAUUGGUUCUAAUAAAAGCAGCUCAAAAUGGCAAUGAAAAAGAAGUAGAAGAAUAUGCGGUUGUGUUUACUGAACAUUCCAAUAAGUUAGUAGAGGUAGCAAACCUAGUUUGUAGCAUGUCGAACAAUGAAGAUGGAGUUAAAAUGGUUCGAUAUGCUGCUGCUCAGAUUGAUAAUCUAUGUCCAGAAGUAAUCAAUGCAGCUAGGAUCUUAGCUGCUAGACCUCGCAGUAAAGUUGCUCAAGAAAACAUGGAAGCAUUUAAGCAAUCUUGGGAAAAUCAAGUUAGGAUUCUAACUGAAGCUGUUGACGAUAUUACUACUAUUGACGACUUUUUGGCUGUUUCUGAAAAUCAUAUUCUAGAAGAUGUCAACAAAUGCGUCCUUGCAUUACAAGAAGGUGAUGCUGAUACUCUAGAUCGCACUGCUAGUGGUAUUAGAGGCAGAUCUAAUCGAGUAUGCAAUGUUGUGACAGCUGAAAUGGAUAACUACGAACCUUGCAUUUACACUAAACGUGUUCUUGAAGCUGUUAAGGUAUUGAACGAUCAAGUAAUGCCUAAAUUUACCCAAAGAGUGCAAGUUGCUGUUCAAGCAUUAGGAAAUAGUCCACCAAAAGAAGUAGAUGAAAACGAUUUCAUUGAUGCCUCCAGACUUGUUUAUGAUGGUGUAAGAGAAAUAAGAAGAGCAGUAUUAAUGAAUAGAGCCGAUGAGGACUUAGAUCCUGAAGAUGUUGAAUUGGAUGAAAAUUAUUUGAUUGAAACAAGAAGUAAAUCAAGUGCCCAUACAGGAGAACAUGGUGUUGAUGAAUAUCCAGAUAUCAGUGGAAUUACAACUGCCAGGGAAGCUAUGGGUAAAAUGCCUGAAGAAGACAAACAAAAGAUUUUACAACAAGUUGAAUUCUUCAGAAGCGAAAAGCUCAAGUUUGAUCGUGAAGUUGCCAAAUGGGACGAUACUGGUAAUGAUAUUAUUGUACUUGCCAAACAUAUGUGUAUGAUUAUGAUGGAAAUGACAGAUUUUACAAGGGGUCGGGGUCCUUUAAAAACAACCAUGGAUGUUAUCAAUGCAGCAAAAAAGAUUUCAGAAGCUGGUACCAAAUUGGAUAAACUUACUCGUCAGAUAGCCGAGCAAUGCCCCGAAAGUUCUACAAAAAAAGAUUUAAUUGCUUAUCUACAACGUAUUGCCCUAUAUUGUCACCAAAUGAAUAUUACAUCCAAAGUUAAAGCUGAUGUACAAAAUAUCAGCGGGGAGCUCAUUGUUUCUGGGUUGGACAGUGCUACUUCUUUAAUCCAAGCAGCUAAAAACUUGAUGAAUGCUGUGGUACUUACCGUGAAAGCUUCUUAUGUUGCUUCUACAAAAUAUCCGAGACAAGGAACCGUUGCUUCACCUAUUGUUGUGUGGAAGAUGAAGGCGCCAGAAAAGAAACCCUUAGUAAGACCUGAAAAACCAGAGGAAGUUCGUGCCAAAGUACGCAAAGGUUCACAGAAGAAAGUUCAAAAUCCAAUUCAUGCCCUUUCUGAAUUCCAAAGUCCCACAGAAUCUGUGUAAAAAUUAUUUUCAUUAACAACAUAUUGAAUAGUAUGUAAAUUAUUAUUUGCCUGAUUUUUCUGUGACUUUUAUAUGUGACUAGAUUCUUGUAAUUAUAUAGUCUGAUAAGGGGUUGACUAAUUAUGUCAACAUCACGUGAGCUAGUAGCAUUUCAUGUUUGUUUUAAACGUAUUCACAGUAGAAAAAAAUUUCAUAUGUAUUUUUUAAAUUUCGUAUUGGAUAAUGGGUUUUUACAUUGAAGGCAUAGAAUGUCAUUUUUACAUAAAAUGAACUGUAUAUUUUUGAAUGUGAAUCUAACUUUGAAUGACAUGUGAUUACAUUCUUGAGCUAAAGAUAUUUAUAAUGAUCACGUGAUUUGCUUGGUCUACUCCUUCAUGGGGUUUUUUUAGUAUUAAAUAUGUAGACUUGUUGUUUCGGGGGAUACAUAUCAACAAUCUACAGUAUAUUCCAUAUUAUUUUUGCAAUUUAGGUUUAUGAGGGUUUUGAAAGAAUUAUAACUAUGCAUCUUCAUCAUUUAAUUAGCUACAUUAGUAAAUAUAGUUCAAUGCAGACCUUUUCUAAAGUAUUAGAAUGACGUUUUUAAUUUAAAUGAAAAAUUUAUAUUAUAUACAGGUCUGGGGUUGUAUGUUUACAUUGUCCAAGAUUAGUACAGGGUUUUUGUAUUAUUUGUAUCGUUCAUAAAUUAAGUGAAAAGUUUAUUCGUGAACUGACAUGAGAACUAUUUUUUUAGUGUUUAGUAGGUUAUCAAUCCUCCAAAUUUGCCAAAUACUGCCAAAUUGCGUAAAACUUAAAUAUCAUAAAUAUAAUCACAUUCACCUGUGUUGCGAGUUUUUCCAAAACCCUAAUAAAAUUUGUAUUAAUAUUGUCAGUUCGAAAUAGGUUGAUUUUGAUAGUUGAAGCUUUAUUUACAUUUAUGUAUUUUACUUACUCUUGAUACCGAAUAAAGCAUUUUAAUAUA